UCAAAAUGCAUUCAGCACACCAACCCGUCAAAACAGCAAUUUCGUGAACGUGAAAAAUUCUUUCUCCGUACUCGGUCUGCGAUAGAAAAAGAUUUCCCCAACAGAAAAUACGUGUUCCAAACAAUUUACUGCACUUAAUAAGUAGUAUUUGUUGAAAGCAGAGUGAAUUCGCGUGUUUUACAUCCAGCAGUGUGUGGUGAACGGGCAGCGCGUCAUUUAGUUCGCUCCUGAGGAAAGUGUAAACAGGCAAAAGAAGAAGCAGAAAAAAGGUGGUGAAGAUGGUUUUACGAGGUGUACGGGGUGGGUACCACUCGCGAGGUGGAGGCUCGCGAGGGGCUGGCCGUAGCUCGUACCACGGUGGCAGUGGAUAUCAUGGCUCGAACCACCACAACAGCAGUAGCUAUGACAACCGGAACGAUAACCGAAACAGUCGGUACAGUGGCGGCGGCGGUGGCAACGGAGGUGGUGGUGGUGGCGGCGGCGGCGGUGGGUACGAUUCCCGCAACUCGUCCCGGUAUGAGUCAGACUCAAGGUAUUCUCGGCACGAUAGUCGCAACGAUAGCUACAAGCGGUCCAAUUCUUCCAAGUACGAGGAUAAUCGUGACCGUCGCUCGCCGGAUCGGAAGCGUCCUCGCAGCGAUCACAACACUCAGGGAGGAAGCUCGCGGCGUGAUUAUGGCAGCAGUGGCGGCAGCAGCGGCGGUGUUGGUGGCCGUGGCGGUGGAUCAUCUAGCCGGUACCACGAGGGAGGCAGUUCCGGCUCGUCGUACGACAAGCGCGGCAGCAACGAGCACCAUUCGUCGUCGUCCGGUGCUGCCGACCGUUCGAGCAGCAACAAGUUCGAUCAUCAUCGCAGCAGCAGCAGCGCCAGCCGUAGCCACGGUGGUGGUGGUGGUGGUGGUGGCGGUGAUUCUGGCAGUUCUUACAGGUCCAGGGACAACAACUCGAGCAGCAUGGGACCACCGCGGUCGGUGGCGAUGCGGAGCAACCAUAGCAGCAGCAGCGGCGGCGGUCGUUCGAUGAUGCGCCCACCGCUGGGAGGCGGUCAUCGAUCGCACAUCGGCGGCAGCUCCAUCAUGGGCAGUGGCGGUAUCCAUCGCCGGGGAGGUGGUAUGAUGCGGGGACGGAUUUCGCACUACCGGUCCGAUGGCCGGCGGGGCAUGCUGACGUCACGCAUCUUGGGUGGGCACCACCGGCGCACGGACAUGCGACCGAUGACGAUGCACAACCGGCGCUACCCUUCGAUGCGGGGUCGGGGCGACAUGCGGAACCGUAUCCUGGGUAGCGACGCGAAACGGGGAUUAGAUAUGAAGAUAUCGAAGAAAGUCCUCAUCAAGCGUGCCCUGCAGGCAGCUAAAGACGGGUACGAAGAUUCCCAGUCCGAGAACGAUGACGAUGACGAUGAGGAGGAGGAGGACGAGGAGGACGAGGUUGGUGAUGUCGAUGUGGGACCAGCGCGCGCUAAAAAGGCAAAGAAAGCCGACACCAGUGUUGCGGAGGACGAUGACGACGACGAGGAGGAGCAGGAGGGAGCUAAUAAGGAGGAAAAAGGUGAACUGUGGGAUGAUGAGGAUGAUGGGGCCGAUGCCAAGUCGAAGUCGUCGGCGCGCCACGAGGAGGAUCAGGAUGAGGACGAUGCGAACAACAAAACUGGCACUACGGUGGACGAGCCAGACGAGGAAAAGGAAAAGGAUGGUGCAAAGCAGCAACCAGCGGCAAAGAAAGCGAUCAAGAAGGAGGAUGCGAAGGACGGUGGAGAAGGCGAUCGGAAGGCUUCGGACGAGGGUACGGAGAGCAAGCGCUCGACCAAGAUCAACACCAAGUACCGUUCGUCGAACUUUAUCAAGCUUACGUGUGUGCAUUGUAAGCUGAAGUGCGUCACAUUCAAGGAGUACCAAAUGCAUCUUUACUCCCGUGGGCACAAAAUAAAGAUGCGCUCGUUGGCGGUAAAAUGUCGCGAGCGGCUGCUGGAGAUGCGUGCCGCACAGCGAAACGCGCAAAACGACGAGGAUGGGAAGUCGGACGAUGGUACGGGCGGGGAUGAUGGCAAGCGUCCGGGAUUCUGUAUGCUGUGCCGGUUAAACUAUCGACAGCAGCGCGCCGUACACCAGCAGUCCGAAGGGCACAAGAUGAUGAAGAAAUUCCUCAUGCCGUACUGUAACGUGUGCAACGUGGGCUUCAAGAGCCCGAUGGCGUACGAAACGCAUCGUGCCUCGUUGGAUCAUUUGAAGAUCAAGGCACGCGUCGAGCGGUACGCUUCAUCGAGCAAGGGCGACGAGUCGGGUGAGGAGAAUCCGGUCGAUACGGGCGAUCUCGACCUGGACAGCCUAACGAUCGUCGAUGAGGUCGGUAAGGUGGAUGAAAUCUGCGACCCGGCAGUCGGUGGGGAAGCGCCUGUGAGGAAACAGCGUGGCGGGGAUGGUGGUGGUCGUGCCGGAACGGAGGACGACGACGACGACGACGAGGAUGACGAUGAAGAGGACGAGGACGAUGAAAACCAGAUGAUCAUCGGGGAGGAACACGUGAAGAAGGUGCAGGUGCAGUACUGCGACCUGUGCAAUAUGUAUUUGCCGCGUCGCUUCGAAAACCAGGAACGGGUGCUGCGCGAGCACUGUAAGAAGCGACCCCAUCUGAAGCUGUACAUUCGCUACCGCAAGGAUAAGAAGCUGCGCGAACAGGCGGAACGGAUUCACAAGAAGAAGCUGAAGGGCGACAAGGAGGCUGCCACGGGAACGAAGGAUGAAAAGAAAGCCAACGAUUCGGUUGGAACCACCGACACGAAGCCAUCGAUUGACAGCGAUGCCAGUGGCGCCGGUGGCGCUACCAAACCAACCGAAACGGUGAAAUCCGAAAGCAGCGAUGUGAAAUCGGAAAAGAAGAACGACACCACCUCCAGCGCGGGCAGUGAGCCAACUACCGGUAACAAUGCGGCUAAAGCAAACAGCUCUACCAGUGCGGGCAAUACGAACGCCACUGCCGCAUCGCACGAUACGACCAGCUUUGACUCAUGCGAAGCUAAUCUAUCGCUCGACGGAAGCAAUAACUUGGCAGCGCUCGCUGGCACCGAUGGUCCCGUAACGCUGCUGGACGAACAGGUCGACAAGCUGAUGUGGCAGGUGGUGGACAAUGACGAUUUGGGCGAUCUGUUGCGGGACGUGCAGGAUGACGUCGAGGAGGAAGAUGACGACAAAACGAACCUGGAGCGUUACGACAAGUUCCGGCACACGGAAAAGAAUGGGCUCGAACAGCAGCAACGAACUGACGCGCCCGGUGACGGGGCCGAGGACGAGGAGGACAACAAAACCUCGUCGACCACCGGUCAGGGUAAGAAAGGUGCGCCAGCGAACGGUGGUGCAGAUGCGGCGGCGGCGAACGGUGAGACCGGCAAAGAAUCGAAACCGGUUGUAGGUUAGCGGAAUUCGGUAGAGUAGUUAAGCGUGUGUAAGGAACAACUUCUAUCUGGAGAAGAACGGGCCAGAAAUCAGUAAGCGAUUUCCGGCCCGGCAGACUUAAUAUGCUAAGAAAGCACACGAUGCGUGUGCUGCGAGAGAACCAGUAUGAGUUUAGUGGAGGAGAGAGACAUUUUCACGCCAGAUAUUCACGACUAAAGGGCGUGGCACGGUAUCUCUUUGGUAAUAGCGCCUGCCUUUGCUGGCAUCGUGGAUUUUAUUGUACCCGUUGCUGGAUAGUCAACCGCCGCGAAUCCGCCGUGUAAUAAUUACUGGACGAAAAAUCAUUUUAUUUGUUGAUUUUGUACUCAUUUUUUUCAAGUGCAGUUUGUGGGCCUUAUACGGCUCGGAACUGUAUUAAGCAGAUGGCCCUUCAGGAGCGUCACCGCGUUACUUUACUCCACGGAGAGUAUAAGGUUUCGUGUCCAUUUGUUUCCGCAUGCAGUGUACUAGUUUAGUGGAGCACAGGAAAAUUAAUUGUUUGGAAGUUUUAUUCAAAUACUGACACGCGACAAAAAUAUUCUUUGUAGUGAAACUAACCGCAAAAACACAUUAAUAACAGAAACAACAGUAAAA